GAAGAGAGAGAGAGAGAGUAAGAGAAGAGAGAGAAAGAGGAAUUCAGUCCUAUUUAAAUGGGAAUCAAAAGCGCACAGAGGAAAAGGGACCAAGAGUGAGAAACAAAAAAAAAAAGAAGUGGAGACAGGUUUAAUUUACGCACGGAAAAAACUGAGACAUAGUUUAAGAAAGACAAGGGCAAUAGAAAUAAAGAGGCACUGGAUUUUUUUUUUCUCUAAAUGUGUGUUUUUGCACUCUCAUGACUCAAAGAGGAUUCCAGUUAAAUUCACCCGAUCGGGAGGAAUUGAUGGUGUCUUGUUGGGGAGGCAGAGCCGAGGGGAGGAAUCUGAAUGCGCUCGGCUGAACCAUGCCAGCUUUGUGGAUCAUAACUUUGGCGAUCACUUUAAAUCAAGUGUGGUGCGUUCGUUUCUCCCAAGAGCCCGCGGACCAGUCGGUGGUGCUGGGAGAACGGGUGGUGCUGUCCUGUGUCGUCUUCAACUACAGCGGCAUCGUCCAGUGGACCAAGGACGGCCUGGCACUCGGCAUUGGAGAGGGUCUUCGAGCGUGGCCCAGGUAUCGUAUCCUGCGUUCUCUCGACAUCGGCCAGUACAACUUGGAGAUCUCCAACGCCGAGCUUUCUGAUGACUCUCUCUAUGAGUGUCAGGCCACAGAGGCCGCCUUGCGCUCCAGGAGGGCUAAGCUCAAUGUACUCAUCCCCCCUGAGGACCCAGUGGUCGAGGGAUCCCCUGAGCUCUUGCUGAUGGCUGGUACUUCACACAACCUGACCUGUGUGACUCGUGGGGCCAAGCCUGCGGCACACAUCCAGUGGACCAAGAAUGGCCUUCCUGUGGAGGGGGCCUACCACUCCACGGUGACUCAUACACACCCAUACCCUCCCACCGUGACCCUGUCCAUCGAGCCUCGCUCUGUCCUUGAGGGAGAGAGGGUUACCUUUACCUGCCAGGCCACUGCCAACCCUCCUAUCAUGGGCUACAGGUGGGCUAAAGGUGGCGUGCUGCUGGAGGGAGCCAGAGAAAGCGUGUUUGUCACCACCGCAGAUCACUCAUUCUUCACCGAGCCCGUGUCCUGUCAGGUGUUUAACGCCGUGGGAAGCACUAACGUCAGCAUCCUUGUGGACGUGCACUUUGGCCCCAUACUGGUAGUGGAGCCCAGGCCGGUUACAGUGGAUGUGGACGCAGAUGUCACUCUGAACUGCAAGUGGUCUGGAAACCCUCCUCUCACUCUCACCUGGACUAAAAAGGGUUCCAGCAUGGUGCUAAGCAACAACAACCAACUGCAUCUGAAAGCAGUGAGCCAGGCUGAGGCAGGCCAGUAUGUCUGCAAGGCCAUCGUGCCCCGAAUUGGCGUGGGAGAGACCGAGGUUACGCUCACUGUCAACGGCCCCCCUAUCAUCUCCAGUGAUCCGGUUCAGUACGCUGUCAGAGGGGAGAGAGGGGAGAUCAAAUGUUACAUCGCCAGCACCCCUCCACCUGAUAAGAUUGUUUGGGCGUGGAAGGAAAACGUCUGGGAAAAAGAGAAAGGCACACUAAUGGAGAGGUACACAGUGGAGCAGAGUAAACCUCCAUCUCAAGGCGGGGCUGUUCUCUCCACCCUGACCAUCAACAAUGUCAUGGAGUCAGACUUCCACUCCCCGUACAACUGCACUGCCUGGAACUCCUUCGGACCUGGCACCAUGAUUAUCACACUGGAGGAGAAAGAUAUUGUUCCAGUGGGAAUUAUCGCUGGUGGCACGGUGGGCUCCUCCAUUCUGCUGCUUAUUUUUCUACUGGCGCUCGCCUUCUUCCUGUACCGCCAACGCAAAGGCAGUCGAAGGGGUGUCACCCUCGGUAAACCAGACAUCAAGGUAGAAACGGUGAACAAAGAAACUCACAGCCUGGAGGAGGAGGCGGCCAACGUCUCCACAGCAACCCGGAUGGUCAAGGCUAUGUACUCUCCAUUCAAAGAUGACAUGGACCUGAAGCAGGACGUCAGAAGCGAGAGUGACACCCGGGAGGAGUACGAGCUCAAGGAUCCAACCAAUGGCUACUACAAUGUCCGUGCUACAACCCAUGACGAGGCGCGCCCCCAGUCCCGGGUCGUCCACUACCAGGGAGAGUUUCGCUCUCCAAACCCAAGCAGCGGACCAGCAGGAGCCACUUCCAGCGGACCCUCUGCGUCUGCCAGCGGUGCAGUUCCCCCCAGUGCGGUGCCGGGCUCAAGAGCUGGCUGCUACGACCCACGUCCACCAUCCAGGAUGUCCCAUUCUACUUAUGCCCAAUUCAACACAUUCUCCAGGGCAGCACAAAGCCAGCAAGCCCCUGCUAAUCCAGCUCUUCAGUCACCCGGAGAAUACCCUGGAGACUGUGGCCUGCUGGAAAGUACCACCCAACUGGCUUAUGACAACUACGGAUACCCUUCCCAGUAUCCCAGCUACCGCAUGGGCUUUGCUCCACCCAUAGAGGAAGGGCCAGCCUAUGAGAUGUACCCAACGGGACAAGGGACAGGGCCAGGGCCAGGUCCAGGACCAGGACCGGGACCGGGGCCAGGGCCAGGGCCAGGGCCAGGACCAGGACCAGGACCACAAAGUCCUGAAACAGGGCUGGGAAAGUAUGGAAGCUCCACUCGCUUCUCAUACUCAUCUCCACCUUCUGACUAUUCGCAGAGACACACACAACGGAUGCAGACUCAUGUGUGAGAAAGUGGUAUACAGGCUUUUUGGAUUUGCUUUUUACAGGAGCAGUACUUAUUACACAGAAACAUAAAAAAAAAAAUCUUUGAAAUCUUCAAAAAAUGCCCUCAUAUCUAUACAUAUACACCUAAGAAUCUGUUUUCUGUUUUCAUCCUAACCACUGCAUGGUAUUCGGCUAAUUUUCUGAGUUGAUAAAACCCCCAGCAGUUAGCAGCAUCACAUAUUGUACGGUUCACAGCAAUACAUGCAACACAUGCACAGCGAUAUUCAUACACAUCUAAGAAGAUGUUCUGUCUGCAAUGUUUAUGCUCCAAUAAAAACAACAGCGAGAGCCACAAUCAAGAGAAAACCGACAAAAAGACAAGAAGAGCACUUUGAAGACACGAUGAAGAAGAGGAGCUUAGGGGAUGCCCAGUGAUCAUUUCUCUUCCAGCAAUUCUCAUCUUGCUCUUGGACCGUUUUCUUCCAUCACAUGGUCCUGCCGCCCCAUCUCUGUAAAUAACUGCACAUGGAGAUUAGGGUCAUUUUAAAGAUGUUUCCUUGUACAAAACUAUACAUUGUGAUGCAGUACAUUGACCUACAGCAAACCCCUCUGCUAGUCACACGUUUUACAUUUAGUGACUCUAACAAAUUGCAGAACACACACGUGCAGACACACACACACGGAUCUCUACAAGCCUAUUUGCUUCUAUGUAUUGCAUCAAUGGGGCAGCUUGGACUAAUAGUAUAUGUGGCACUUUUUGACUCCCCUUUCCUCACUAAAACUCACCCAAUUGCCAUUCCUUACAAGAUCUACCUUGAUUUAAAUGGGACAAAGCUUCUUAAGGUGAGUGACCAGAGUGCCAGUGCUUAUGUGCCAACACAUACGAACUAUUAAGACGUGUCUUCUUUUUGUAAAGCGUGGACAAUGAGGUGCUCUGGAUGAUGAGAUUUUGUACAUGCCACAUCUAAGAUGACCGGAGCGGUAGCAAGCGUUUCUAUGCUCCUUCACCCCAUCUUUCAUUUUUAUCAUCAUGAUGCAUUUCUAUACAUUUCACUCAAGGUCAAUGCUAUAAAUGGUUUUUGUGAAACGAGGUGGGAGUGCUUUUUCAUUAAAUGAAUUUCUGCAAUUUGUACAAAAAGAUACCUCCCCUAUCCUCAGUGUCAAAAACGUAUGUGUUUCUAUCACUUGCACAGUAGAAUAGAUUUUUUUUCCAUAUUUAUACGGAACGGUAUUGAAAAAGAAAAAAAAAAAACUGCAUUCAGAAACAUUUUAUAGUAUUUUUAUAAGGAGUUGUGGACCAAAGGUUCAGCGUUUUGGGUGACACUCACUUUUUAAUGUGUAUGUGGCAUCGUAUUGGAAACGUUCCUUUACAAAGAGAUGGAUGGUGUUUUUAAAGUGGAUGUUGUAGACUUAAAUUAGAAAAAACAUGAAGAGCUUCACUUCAAAAUGAUGAAUAUCCAGCAAAGGCAAAUGUCUUUGAUGGAUAUCUUUGUUUGGUGUGAAGCUCUUUCUUUGACUUCCAGUCUUCUGACUGGACUGCCUUUUUCAAAUGUUGACGACAUUCAAUUGAAAUGGAUGGAGAAGAAGCAGCUGCUCAGGUUGAGCUGUGCUGUAAACUUUGCAAGCAAAGAGAAGGUUCAAACAUAUCAAAGUGAAAGUACAGAGGAUUCUAUCUAGCUCAUAUGGUACUUUGUACAUUUGAAGUAUGUGUAAGUAUGCUGGUUUCCUCACUGCAGCAGGAAUUUGGUGGUAUGUUAUGUCCGAGAUUUUUCCCAUUAUGUUGUGUCAGCUUUUGAUGCAUGUGAUUGACCUUUAACCCCUAUGAUCAGCAUUUAAAACGUUGCUCCUCUAAAGUAAUGUCACUGAAUAGCUGUUUGGCCAUUUGCAGUGAUUAUCACACUAAUGUUGUCACAAUUUGCACACUUUGUUACUGAGAUUUGGUUGGAUUGCUUCACCGUAUAACUUCAAAACUUCACCUUCUGGUGACGUGUUUGUUGAUUUGAUGCAGCAGCAUCAGUCUUCACUAUAUACUGACCUUUAGCUCAUAAGGUUCAUCGGCUGAUCUCCAUUUUUAUUGCUCACAAAAGAUUAAGACAGUUCACAUUUUUAGCAACUCUUGGGAAUUGUACCUUUUCCUAAGAGCGCAUUCUGUACUGUGUAUACUUUACUGGACAGACACAGUUAAGAGAGAGCAGAAGCAAUAAAGUUUCACCCACUUGUACCUUUAUUCUACAGCAGUUAAAAUCUGAGAACAGAUAAUAGUGGUGUUUUAAAAUAAGACCCCAGGCUGCAAAGGGAAGCCUGAAAUCUCAGCACCUCCAGAGGUAAUCAUUGAGUGUAUCAGCCGCCCUAUCAACCCCUCUCGGUAUAUUAUGGUAAUUGUGUGCUAAGGGGCUGUAAAAAAUGUAUUUAUUGCCUCUGUUUUGAAUAAACACAGAGAAAUGAAACCACAGACACACCGUUUCUGAUUAGAACAUCAGAUUGAACCUACUAGCUCCAAGGUCACUAUAUAAACCUUUUCGGAGAAAAUAAUGGCAGGUGGAGCAGCCUUUUAAAUUUAUAUGGUUAUCACAGCCUUGGUAUUGCAUACUAUUACCUCUUUACAACCCUUUUACAGAGUUGUAGCUGCGCAGUAUUUUGCAUCUGACAUACAAUGUCGUUACGACCUUGUGUAGAAGGAGUACAUUUGACACAGAAGAGGUACUGAGGCCAACAAAUACAUGGCCGGGCCAUCCAGGUACUUAGUUUUUACCUCUUUACUGUUUACGGUUUGUUGACAGUGGGGACAUAUGAAUAUGUAAAAGACACCACAGAUGCCAAAAAUGUAGACCAUGUGUUUAGAUUUGGUUCAGCAACGAAAAGAUGUGUGAUUUGGAAGAGAAGAGGUGUUUACCCCACUGGGUUGUUAUUUUAUGUCCUUUUCCCCUUUUUUCCAUAUGUACCUGUCACUGCAAUGUGUACUGAUGCUCUUAUGUAGAAGGAGUACUCUACUCUCUCCCCCAUGUCAUAUUAAUUGCCACCUACAAGCUUCCAAAUUUCGAGGAUGAACCUGUCUUUUCAUGGAAAAAAAAAUCAUCGCAGCAUAGCUUUCUUCCAAGAUUACAACAUAUGGGGUCGGUAUAUCUAUCUUGCUUGCAUAAAUGUUUGUAUGUCGGGUGUCUUUUUUAGAGAAUAUAUAGCUUCAUGAGCUCAUGACAUUCAUCCAUUGUUAAAUUAUUCCAUAAUCAUGUUUCUUUUCAAGAAAAUCAGUAUUUUAUUUUAUUUUUUCUAUUACUUUAUAGUGAUUCAUCACCACUGUAGUUGAAAGCGUGUGAUUUAACUUUUAAAGACAGUACUUUAUUUUAUGUUGUAUGCAUCAGAUAGAGGGGUUCUAAUUAAUCAACCCAGUGAAAAGUGAGAAGGGUUUUGUGUAUCCGUGGCCAAAACGACUGCCCAGCCAGGCCACAAAUAGCCAAAAUUCUGCCUCAACUAGGCCAACGCAGGCUAUAUUCAGGCCAGACCAACAGCUAACUGCUCUGUUCCAUGCUGUGCUGUGCUGUGACAGGCCCGGCCAACAGUGACUGAAGUGGCUCGGUGUCCAUUUUUACCUUUUGGAGUUUCCAGUGAGUGCCAGAAGACUGUGCAAAAAAUGAACUGAGCAGAAAAACAAAUGCAACAGCCAUUUGUGUUUAUUGUGUUUAUGUAAGCUCAUAUGUGAUUGUGAGUGUGUGUGUGGGAGUGCGUGUGUUUUGGCUACAUGUAACCCAAGUGUGUUUUCAUGUCAUCUGAAAUAUGUGGAAACCACUGGGCUUUAAAAAUUAGGGUUUGACUGAUAUUUUCAGCAGAUAUAAUAGCGAUCAGACAGUUGUGUUGUCACCUGCUGGCAUGAUGGAGAUCCCUCCUGACCACAGCUAGGCUACACAAAGAAAAUGUAAUAUUUAACAGUUAAAUGAAUAUUUGAAAAUAUUUUUUGCAACCCUACUACUGCAUAAUACUGUGUAUACUCUGUAAUCUAGUUUAUAUCCAACCUCAUCUGAGAUCAAAAUGGUACUGGUAUUCCAAGGUGAUGUGCUUUAGUUGUUUCAUUAACCUGUAAUAGUGUCAUAAUUUUAAUCACCGAUGGCAGAUUAAAAAUUUUCAGUCCAUGCGCAAAGUUCAAAUGGAAGCUAAUCCUAUGAGAAAUAAACCUUCUGUGUUAAAUGACAAUGACACAAAGGGACACAGAGCAGUACAGUACACAGCAAAUAACUUUGGGUGAAGGAAGAAGUCAGUUUGUGUAGAAGUCUAUGGAGAAAUAGCCCCAACACCUAUUAUCUAUGACUUCAAUUAACACUUUGCUGAUGACUUUAUCGGCUCUGUCAAUCAUUCCAACUCUUACUAACACAACAUGAUGUUCACUUUAUAAGUUAUGGUCUCAGAGUAGAGUAUGUUUUCUAAGGCAGUCCGUCCUGACUUUCAAGCUGCAGCAUCCUUUGAUUUUGCUGCCAGAUUCACUUCUGCUCAUGAUGUCGGGACCCCAAGAAGUUGACUGAGAAAACACUCAAAGCUGUCAAAGCAAGUCACAGUUGAUAAAACUAUUUCCCAUAUGCAGUAUUUAAUGAAGAGCAGUGAAUGGAGCUCAUCGGCAAAAAUAAUUGUCAACAUCUGCUUCUGG